GGCUACGUGCAAAUCUGUUUACCUAACACUCGAUGCUUCAAAACCUGACUACAAUAUACUUUGAAUUGUAUACUCUGCAUUAGAAUCUUCUUAUAAUCAUAUAUCAAAAAUUACAAAGACCUUAUUUAAGAUCUAAAAAAUUUCUAAAGUUUAUCAAAUUUGCAUAAUGUCGAGUGAAGUUGAAAAUCUUGAUCUGAAGGACAAAGAGCAUAUUACGAUCACAUGGAAGGACGGCCAUACAAGCAAGUAUCAUGUAAAAUGGAUCAGGUUUCACUGUCGAUGCGAAAAAUGUUUUCGUUCAUUUUCUGGCAUGUACCCACUGGAUACUAUGAAAUUUCCUGAUGAUUUUUACAUCAAGUCUGCGAAUGUAGCAGAUAACGAACUACAUUUCACAACUGAUUACGAAAUUUUCGAAAAUCACUGUGGUCGAAUCCCACUAGAUUGGCUUCGAGUUUUCUGCAGCUGUAACCAAUGCUUUGAGAAAUUAACUUCGGAACGAGAAAGCAAAUUCGACAAUUCUGUUACGUCGAGUAUCAGCUACAAUGAUAUUUCAGGAGAGAAUGGAUUAUUCAAUUUAUUAGGUCGAAUCCUCAACUCUGGUUUCUGUUUAAUACACGAUGUUCCAAAUGACGAUACACCUGGCCAGAUAAGUGAUAGAAUCGGACCCAAGUUUUAUACGUUGUUCAGUGAGACCUUUGGUAAGAAUGGAAAUCAAAUUGGCGACGGGCCAUUUCAAGAUUAUCCGUUUUAUGAAGUUGUUCCAGGAGUUCAAAUUAUUUAUCCGAAAAGAACCGAUGAAAAGAAGAGUUUCACAAUUUUAACUGAUCUGCUGAAUGCCGCAGAAAUUCUUCGCCGAGAAUCGCCGGAUCAUUUUGAUUCUCUUGUUAGGAUUCCCGCGACUUUCCAGUACAAGAAAAGAACUGAAUCUUGCAAACCUUUCUGGUUUGAGAUUCAGAAGCCCCACAUAGAAAUUGAUUACUUUGGGAAGGUUGUUGCAGUGCACUGGAAUCCAACAAUGGAAGGAAAAUUACGCAUUCAUCAAAAAGAUGUGAUGGCCUACUGCAAAGCCCAUAACGCAUUCGAUCGGAUUUUAAAGCAGAAGAGUUGUCAGAUUAGUUUGCAGUUAAGAGAAGGAACUAUGCUGAUAUUCAAUAACAAGCGGAUGGCUCAUAACCAUAAAGGAUACGACGAAAGUUCGAUCAAGACCCUUCUUCAUGCUGACGACGUAAAAAGCAAGUACGUCGUUCUUGGUCAUAAACUAGGAAAGACUGCGAUUCCAAUGAAAAUAGGGAACAGAAGCAGUUUUUAAUGUCAUAAUCCAAAAAAAAAUUUAAGCACCAGUGAUUGGUACGUUAUGAUUAUCAUUUAUGUCGCAACAAUGUUCAUCAAUUCUAGUCUUAUAGUUAUGGGUCAUUUCUGUAACCAGAUUAUGGGGUGAUUGGAAGGGGGUCAAAGGUUCUAAAAAAGCAAUUUUCAUAAUUUUGCACGAUCGCGUGGAUGCAAUAAAAUUAUCAAUGGCUUUACAGAUUUGAAAUGUAUAUCUACAUCUUUCAAUUAUAACGCAUUCACUUGAGUGAAUUAGCUCUUUAUAGUGGCGAAAAUAACUCGUGGAAAACCACUCUGCAGACAAGAACUGUAUCUGUACCCUCAUCGAUAUUAGUCAAAAUUUCAUUGAGAAUGUGUUGCUUUAUUGGAAAUUUCAGUUUGUUUACCUGAAAUAUUAUGGGAAUAUAAGUAAUAUUUAAAUAAUACAAUAAUGCAUUAACUGUAUCAAAUUUCGACUUGAUUUUAAAACAUAUUUUAUAGCCAUAGGGUAAUACAUUGAAGAGAACUUUUAUAAAUGAAACAAACUGCUUUAUUCAGUGUGUUCGCCUAUGUUCUAGAAAUAAAAAUCAAUAAUUAAUAAUAAAGUUCGAUUUGCAUUGGAUUAUUUUUCAACAGAACGAGGUCAUGACAUUAAAAAGCAUUCAUCAACGUCACAUUCAGGAUAAUCCUAGAUUCGGAUUCCUGACAUUCAUUCCAGAACGAUUUUUAUCGCUGAGAAUUGUCAUCUUUGGCA